AUCUUCAUUGUUUUGUGUAGUAAUCAGAAUGAAAUAACGCCUUCUAAAGUUAUAAUUUGUGUGUUCGCAUGUUCGUGGAGUGCAGUGUUAUAGACCGAUAGAGAGAGUCGUGACAUGUCGCAUUUUUGUUAAAAGAGGUCAGGCUCUAAACGAGUCGUCAAAAGUGUCGGUUUUCGUUAGCCUCGCUAUGCGGCUAAAGCUAGCUGUCUAAAGCUAACUUUCGGCCGGUUAGCUUGCUACCCACAGCUGAUUGUGUAAACACUUGUUUGUGACCAGAGACAAAGAGGUUGGGAAGCUGUUACAAGUACAAAAUGGGACGCCUCCAAGCACCAACUACAACGGGGUAGACGCUGUUCAUGCCUGUAACAUCCUUCAGCAGCUCAAAGCCUUGUACGAUGAAGCACAGCUCACGGACAUCGUGGUAGAAGUGGACCAUGGCAUGACAUUCUCAUGUCACCGAAAUGUCCUUGCAGCAAUCAGCCCGUAUUUUAGGUCCAUGUUCACCAGUGGCCUUACAGAGAGCAGCCAGCGCGAGGUCCGAAUUGUUGGUGUGGAAUCUGAAUCCAUGAACCUCGUCUUAGACUAUGCCUACACAUCCAGGGUCAUGCUCUCGGAGUCUAAUGUCCAGGCCCUGUUCACUGCAGCCAGCAUUUUCCAGAUUCCUGCCUUACAGGAUCAGUGUGCCCAGUUCAUGAUCAGCAGACUUGACCCCCAGAACUGUAUUGGGGUCUACAUGUUUGCCGAUGCCUAUGAACAUCAGGAGCUCAGGGAACGCUCACAGGACUACAUACGCAAGAAGUUCUUGUGUGUGUCAUGGGAGCAAGAGUUCCUCCAGAUGACCAAGGAGCAGUUGGUCAGCAUUUUGAACAAUGAUGACCUCAACGUGGAGAAAGAAGAGCACGUCUAUGAGAGCAUUGUCCGCUGGCUGGAGCAUGACCUGUCUGGCCGUCAGGCCCACCUACGUGAGGUUUUCUCCCAGUGCAUCCGUCUGCCGCUGCUGGAAGAGGCCUUCCUCCAUCGGAUACCUGCCCCCUUUGCUUGUGCCCUCUCCCUGUCUAAGGACCCUGCUGAGGCCAAAGCCCGCCUCGCUGGCACCAACGGUUGCCCCCAGCGCCUGGGAAUGACCGCGUCUGAGAUGGUCAUCUGCUUCGAUGCCGCUCACAAACACUCAGGGAAGAAGCAGACGGUGCCUUGCCUGGACACAGCCACGGGAAGGGUGUUCAAGCUCUGCAAACCCCCCAACGACCUCCGGGAGGUCGGUAUCCUGGUGUCCUCGGAGAACGACAUCUUCAUCGCCGGAGGCUACAGGCCGAGCAACAGCGAAGUGUCCAUCGACCACCGGGCCGAGAGCGACUUCUGGCAGUACGAACACGCGGGCAACCGCUGGCUGCCGCGUGCGCCUCUGCUGAGAGCCAGGAUCGGCUGCAGGCUGGUGCACUGCUGUGGGAAGCUCUAUGCACUGGGAGGCCGAGUAUAUGAAGGGGACGGGCGCAAUGCGCUCAAGUCACUGGAGUGCUACGACGCCAGGGACAACUGUUGGACCGCAGUCAGUCCUAUGCCAGCGGCCAUGGAGUUUCAUAGCGCCGUGGAGUACAGGGACCGCAUCUACGUCCUCCAAGGUGAAUAUUUCUUCUGCUUCGACCCCCGUAAGGACUACUGGAGUCAUCUCCCCCCGAUGAGUGUCCCGCGCAGCCAGGGUUUGGCCGCCUUGCAUAAGAACUGCAUCUACUACAUCGCCGGCAUCUGCAGGAACCACCAGCGCACCUUCACCGUGGAGGUUUACGACAUUGAGAAGAACGCAUGGAGCCGCAAGAGAGAUCUGCCCUUUGACCAAGCCACCAGCCCGUACAUAAAGGCCAUGCUGCUGCAGGGCAAGCUGCACCUGUUUGUGCGAGCCACGCAGGUAAUGGUGGAGGAGCACGUGUUCCGCACCAGCCGAAAGAACUCCCUGUACCAGUACAACGACGAGCAGGACCUAUGGACCAAAGUCUACGAGACGCCCGACCGCCUCUGGGAUCUGGGUCGCCAUUUUGAAUGUGUGGUGGCCAAACUUUACCCGCAGUGUCUGCAGAAAGUGCUUUGAGGUGGCUGGUUGUGUGGAGCCGCCCCGUGAGGCAGAGGGAGUUGGGUGGUCCUGCCCGCCUUGUGCCUGGUGUGUGUGACCAUUUUUGGUUGAGUCUUAAGUCGUUCAAACUUUGGUUUAAUGCGAUCAAAAUGGGGUGCUUUUAAAGAUUGCAGUAUUUUUUUUUUUCCCCAGACAGCACCAACUACCCACACUGAUGCUUGUUUAACAAAACCGUUCAAUGAAUCAUAAGUGCAAUUAUCCUUUUUUUGCUUGUUGUUGAGCCAUGUUGUUCCAUUCUUUGUCUUAGGGUUUUUACAAGUGAUGAGCAUGCAGAUGAGGGCGUUAGAUAAGAUAAAAGUGCCCUCUGGAGAAAGAUGCUACGUGUCAGCAUAACGUGAAAAUCUAUAUAAAUCUCUAUAAAUAACUAUAUAAACUAUAUAUUCAUACGGGUAAGAUGAGUACCAUAGCUCAUUAGUUGGUUUGCUGGCUCUGAGGUUUGUGUGUUUUUCUUCCUAUUCUGUCCUCAAGACCCGUCAGCUUCUUUUAUAGCCACGUUUUAAUUUGAAGUGUUGCUUUGAUUUACUUGGGUGUGUUUGAAGCUAGUAUGUUGUUGUUGUUGUUUUUUUUCAUGCUCCCGCUUCCUUAACAUGCUUCAGUGUGUCAAACGAUACACUACGUGUGGCUUCCGAGCUAUUUUACGCUUUGUUUGGGAUUCCGGCUGCGUGGGGGCUCACACCUCCCCGCUCUUUGAGUUGGCAUCCAUUUUGUGUCACAUGCGAAAGACAACUUAAGUGAAAUGUAAGAAUACUCACUCUCCACAUUGGAGAAAUAAGGACGGAGUCAAAUUUGUGUCAACACUAAGUGAAGAGUUCAGACCAACCAACAGGCUUACCUCAGAAACUUGUUUGAUUAGGAGAAAAGGGACAUUUUCAGGCCACAGUGUUGAUUAAGCGACCGCGUUGAAAGCUCAGCGAAAGCAACGACCUCUGUCGAGGUUGUUUUUUGACAUCUGAUUAUAAUCAUUUGGAAGAGCCUUCCUCUUAAAUGCCCAAGAAAAAAAAGCAUUUACGGUCUUGUUAUUGUUGAUCUGAACAUUGGAACGAUUUUUUUGUAGUAGCAAUAAGUCAUGGAACUGUGAUCGGACUAUAUUACUUAAUAUUACCUUUUAGUAAAAGUGCUUUAAUGGUGUCGUGUGCGUGAGUCCCGGUGGUUUGUGUGGCUGCUGCAUGGGUGCAGGCUUGAAGUGACGCGGAAUUUAGUGCGGAUCAUUUUGCAACGCCGACGUGCCUGUGGCUGGAAAAAAAAAGAAAGGGGGCGACAAACCUGCUCCUCCCGAUGAAGAACAUCUGAAAGGUCUUACUCAGUGUCACACUGCGAGCUUCAGCGAACCCCCCGAACAAGCGGACUGUAUGAACAAAGUAGGGGGGGGGGGGUUGUGCUGGAAUUCAUCGAAAAGCCAUGGGUCAGUCUUUACACGGCAUCACGCAGAGGGCACAAAUUGUUGGUGCUGCUUUUUUUUUUUUUUUUUGACAAUCUUGUAUAGAAGAAUUAAUACCACGACCGAGUGGCGUUCCCUGUGAAAAGUGUGAUAUUUUUCCGUGCCGUCGAUCUCCUCAUGCAGGUUCCUGUGUCAUCUUUGCACUACACAUUUCUCUGGUGUUUUUCUUUUGAAAGAGUACUCCCUUUUUACCACGAAAAAGCCCACAUAGCGAUCACCUCCGAGAUCUGAAUGGAUGUUAAUACCACAAGAGUCACAUUCAGUAAGGACUUGAGGAUGUGAUGUAACUUCUCCAAGAGAAGAUCCACUGUUGACGGACUUGGAGCUCAUUUUAUUGGCCCGGCUUGAACAAGGCUCUCAAAAAGGGGUGUUUGCGAGAAGGUUCGAGCUACAUCCACGUGUCCACAGACGGCCAUUUGGGAACCAGGACCGGAGAACUCUCAGGAUUUCUACUGAUACACAGUACUGUAUUUAAGUGUUUUUGUUAUGUGUAAUAUACUGUACUAUAGGUUUGCUGUACUUGCACAGUUUUUUUUUUUAAAACUUCUCUUUAGUUUAUUUUAUAACUUGAAAAAAAAAUAGAUGUGAUUUCCUUAUUUUGUUUCCAGUGACUGUUUUUUUUCUUUAUAUAUUUGCCUAUUUAGUUAUUGUAGAGUAAACCUGAUUUGUUGACAAAAAAAGCCCCCUUCCUUCCCCCUCCAGCUCAGUAGUUUUUCUUUGUAACAUCCCACCACAACUAAGCAUUGCGGAUCAAGUGAGAAGCUGGUUGCGUCCCGAGUACCACGAUGCUACAAACCGCUUCCCGUGUCCGGGAGUCUGGUCCUCCACAUGUGUCACUUAUGGGUGCUAUUCCAUCGUGUUCAUGCUUUCCUUUCCGCUGGUUUGUCUACUUUUGGGUUUUUUUUUUUCGGGUUAUAGCGGUCGGUUGAGCUCAACUGUGAAAUUCACAUUGCACAUAAUUUGAAAAUAAAACUAUUAAAAGUGAAAACGCGUCACUGUG